UAAUGUAGAGUGUGUGAGAUGUGUAAUCUGAGCGUUCAGAACAGGCGGGGUGGGAGUUACAGACUGGGGUGCUGAAAGGGUCCAGUACGUCAUGUGAAACUGUAAAGCCAACUGGUGUUCAUCUCUCAGUUGCUUUCUCUCUCUCAAGCACACAAACUGAGGGAGAACAUUAACAUGCCCUAAAGGAAAAACGAAGAUUUCUGUCACGAGGCAAGUCCACAGACAACAGGAGGAGAAUUUUACCAUUGACUGCAGUCAACAUGUAUGGGAAUACGGCCCUCCGGAAUGCCGGUCUCUGGAUUCUUCUGAGUUUAGCGGCGGGUCACCUGACAGAGCAACAGACAUCUACCAUCGUAGAUAUUCACAAUGAUAUCCGCUCGCAGGUCAAGCCCAGCGCUGCCUUCAUGCAGAAAGUGGUAUGGGACGAGACAUUGCGUCUGGUGGCAGAAGCAUAUGCAACCAAAUGUAUCUUGGACAACAACCCUAAACUCAAGAGCCUCAAACUGGGGGAAAACCUCUUUGCAACCACUAGACCAAUUAAUGUUACCGAAGCAAUGAAUAACUGGAUUCUACAGAGUCAUUAUUAUGAUUAUGAAAACAACUACUGCACUGAAGACGAAAUAUGUGGUCACUAUACUCAGAUGGUGUGGGCGGACAGCAAACGAAUCGGAUGUGCCGCUCAUGUUUGUGAGACUCUUAAGGGGCUGGAUCAAAAGUCCACUCUUCUCGUCUGCAAUUAUUAUCCGACAGGAAACUGUGAAGGACAGAGACCAUAUCAGUCAGGAAUGUCGUGCUUAAAUUGUCCAGAGGAAUUGUCAAUGUGUGAGAAGAACAUCUGUGUGAAAAAACGUCCAUCGGAGGAUUCACCUGAAGCCACAAAACAUCCAGCCGCCUCAACCAAGCAAAACGCCACCCCACCCCGUACACACGAGCCCACCUCUGUUCCUGAAGAGCCCACUGAGGGACACAGUAGAAUAAGGAAGACAGGCAUUGAUGUCAUAAAGGCUGGAACAGAGGUGGAGAAAACUUUAGCACCUCUGCUGAUGCUCGUCUGGCUUUCUGCAGCUUUCAUUCUGUGAAAAAAUCCAUUUGGACACACAGACACACAAAACAAACAUGCCAUAAUUAAUUUAGGGUACAAAUGUUUGACUCAUAACUGCCAAGUUUGUAGCUUCAUUUGACUAUGUGAUAUAAAAGACUAUUUCAAACAUAAUAUUGAUGAUAAAAUAAAAAUUAAAUGUUCAUUAUAAUGUUUUAUGUUCAUCAGUUAUAGAAAGUUUUUUACAUUUUAUAAGUAUAUCCAGUUUCAGAUCUUGUCAUCUCAAUUUCAGUGUUUUCAUGUUUACUGUACGGGCAAAUAAAUGGUCUCUAAUUAUUGUUUGCUUUAACAUGGAUAUAUUUGUGGAGCGUUUGACGCAGCAGUUAUAUCGCUUUUGCAUGACAAUCAUGCUUUCAAUAGAUUUGCAGUAGCAUUAGUUUGAAUCAUAGCUUGAAAUUGACAGGCGUGCAAGCACGAGAAAUAUUGUACCCUUGCAAAGUUAAUAACUGAUGUAUUAUGUGUAUGUUUGUCUCUUUAUUUGUAAAUGUCAUUUGUGUUUUUUUUUUAAUUCCAAGGCAUUUCUUAGAGAAAUGGUGAGAAACUGUAAUUGAAAAUAUCUGAAUGAACUGGAAUAUUUGUUAAAAAUCUCCGAUUGAGUUUACAAGUUUCUCUGAUAGUUUAUCCACCAGGUUAAUGCUCAUAUUAACAUCGUGAUUUUAGCCCCCUCUUUGGUCAUUUAUACAGUCACAUUGUUACCUAUGUUUACUGCCAAUAAUAUCUAAUGACCAUCAAUACUUUUUAUCAGGGUUGAUCUUGUACUUUGGAAUAAACAAAUCCCACUAGAUGGCAGUAGAACUCAAUAUAAA